GAACUGAGGUUUGCCUCAACAUCAAAUGGGUGGGGACAACGCAUGCGCGUGAUAGAUCCUUCUCGGAAGCAAAGUAAGGGAUUGCGUUCAGGGGGUCCACAUCAAAUACAGAAAAAGCUAAAGCCAUGUCAGGGUUUCUAGAUGGGAUCCGGUGUGGAGACUGUGAGUGUAAUGUAGACUGGGCUGAGAGAAGAAACACUAUUGCAUCUAUUGCAGCUGGAGUCCUGUUCUUCACGGGUUGGUGGAUCAUCAUCGAUGCAGCAGUGCUGUUUCCACUUGAAGAACAGUUUCACCAUGCCUACCACACAUGUGGAGUCAUUGCUACUUUAGCUUUUCUCAUGAUAAAUGCUGUAUCAAAUGGCCAGGUUAGAGGAGACAGCUACAGCGAAGGAUGCAUGGGACAGACAGGAGCUCGUAUUUGGCUUUUCAUUGGCUUCAUGCUGGCCUUUGGCUCCCUCAUUGCCUCCAUGUGGAUCCUCUUUGGAGACUUUGUGGUGCACAAAAAGGAUUUUGUUUACCCCGGAAUCGCUAUUUUCUUCCAAAAUGCUUUUAUUUUCUUUGGGGGCUUGGUCUUCAAGUUUGGACGCACUGAGGAUCUGUGGCAGUAGUAAACCCUUCAUGUGUCUGUAAACCAUUUAUAUUCUAUACUGUAUGGGACAUUCUCCUUUAGCCUAUAUUUACUUCACAUAAUUAAUUUCACAAAAAAAACGCUAUUUAUUUUAAAUCCUGGUAUAUGAAGAGAGACGCAACCCUUUUUAAGACCCUUUUGGCUAUUUUGGACCUGCUGAGUUCAAUUGUUCCACAUCUUUGAAUGUGUCUCUGCAAUUGUGUAUCUAUUUUCAUGGCUUUACAUGGUGUUUUCCUUCAUUUGGGAGCCUCGCAACUGGCAACUCUGUAUUAAUGUGUCUGUAACAUGGUCACCAAGACCUGAACUUUGGACCUCAGAUAUUGAGGUACGCACGAUUUAUGGGGUAUUUCCCAGAACCAUGCACAAAUAUAUUUGAAUGUAGUUGCAUUGGAGGUCCUAUGUUUGUACGUAUUUUCUUCAAAUAACACUAUGCCGGAACUUGGCAGUCAGACAUUUGUAUUGCCGAAUGGUGAUUACAUUCUGAUUUUACCACCGGCACUGACAUAUUGGGAGUGUAGUUAACGUGUAUAUCUAAUGGCCAUGCAGAAUCAAGAUAAAUCACAUAUUUUGACAUUCAUGGGAGAAUUAAGGAGAGAUAUUCUCAUCAGUUUACAAGUCUUGCCAUAAUUCUUCUGCAUUAAAAUAACUUGCUUACUAUAAACAAAGUGGUGAAAAUUAUUUACAGGGAGAUGAAUGGCUUCAGAUCACAUGGCGUUCUCCUCCCCGUUCCUCUUAUUUUUUCUUUGCAAGUUUGGGAAACUGUAAAACAUGCAAAUGUAAACACCUUGGUUUAUCAAAUACACUUUGACACUCACAGUGGAUAUCUAAAGUAAUUUCACACCAAACUGGAAAUUGUAUUUAAUACCAAAAUAAUUCAAAGAAACUUAUAGGAGAAUAUUUCUGCUCAUGACCUUCAUUGUUCUGUCAUGUGAAUCAAUCUACUAACUAUGUUGGUUACUUACCUCCCAAAACGCCUGGUCAUCAAAACAUUUCCUGUCCUGUGGCGGUCUCCAAAAGCUCCAUUUAACUAGCAGUCCUUUUCAGAACAAUAAAGGUAUGGUCAAGCAAAUUAUAUGUAUGACGGUCACAAGACGUAACAACUGUUGGUUCAUGACAAUGGUUUGUGUGCAUUAAGGCCAUGCUCUUGCAUCUGGCGGUUUUUCACAUCUAAUUAGAGCAAAACAAAAUCCAUUAGCAAUUGUAUGAAUUUUC